CCGGGCGCCCCCCGCCCUGGUCUCCAGGCGUUCACACGUUGCCUCCGACGCGGGUCGUGUCUGUCCCCUCCCCCUCCUGGAGCAUGCGCUGCCCGCCGCAAGCUCGCCAACCCUGCGCUCCCGGGCACCCUGGUACCGGACACCCUUUUUCCUCCCUCCGGUUACGGCGUUGAUCGCCUCCCGUAGCAGCCACUUGGCCGUGCGCUCACGUGUGGAAGCUCUUUCUUGUAUAACAAAAAAAAACAAAAACAAGUUGGGGGUUUAAGUCAGGGGGUUUAGGCCGCGGGGAGGGGUACAAGGAAGGGGACGGGGAAGAGCGCAGGGAAGGCGGGGGAUCCACCACCGUGGCUGGGGUGGGGCUGCUCACUUUGCCAGGAAUAGCCCACCCUCUGCAAGGAAGCGGGUCCCCUGCUGUGGGAUUGGCAGCAGCUUGAAGACACCUUGACCGUGCCUGCUCCCUGUUCAUUCUUUGGGAGGAAACGGGGGGGGGGGGAAUGGAAAGUGCUUCCAGGCGCGGCUGGUGCGAGCUGCAGUGAGGGGAGCCUCUGGCCUCUUUGGAGUUUUCUUCAUGCUCCUCCCAUUCCAGGAAACCCAUGGAACUGCUUCCCACCAGACAUGUGCUUGGGUGCCAUGACUCCAUAAGUACAACCCUUUUUCCCCCCUCUGUCACGCGUCUCUUUAGCUCAUGGAUUUCCAUCCAUGAUCUCUCCGCUGUAAUUAAGAGAUCACUCUCUUCUUCCCAAAAGGGGAUUCACAUAUUGAAUUAAGCCCUGGUUGGUUGAGCUGUGGUUUAUGGAUCCCAGAGGCUGGGUUCACCUAUGGUGCUCAACUAAGCGCACUGCCUUUAGUUUACCAUGAUGUCCCUGGUAGAUUUGGGAAAGAAGCUUUUAGAAGCUGCUCGUGCAGGGCAAGAUGAUGAAGUUCGCAUUUUGAUGGCCAAUGGAGCACCUUUUACUACAGAUUGGCUGGGAACAUCUCCUCUUCAUCUAGCAGCACAAUAUGGGCACUAUUCAACCACGGAAGUGUUAUUACGAGCAGGUGUAAGUCGAGAUGCUAGGACCAAAGUGGAUAGAACACCACUUCAUAUGGCAGCUUCAGAAGGCCAUGCGAGCAUAGUAGAAGUUUUGCUGAAGCAUGGUGCUGAUGUAAAUGCAAAGGACAUGCUGAAAAUGACUGCUCUGCAUUGGGCCACGGAGCACAAUCAUCAAGAAGUAGUGGAACUCUUAAUAAAGUAUGGAGCAGAUGUCCAUACACAAAGUAAAUUUUGCAAGACAGCAUUAGACAUUGCCAUAGACAAUGGAUAUGAAGACUUGGCAGAAAUUCUACAGAUCGCAAUGCAGAACCAAAUCAACACGAAUCCAGAAAGCCCUGAUACAGUGACAAUUCAUGCAGCAACGCCACAGUUCAUCAUUGGACCUGGUGGUGUUGUGAAUCUAACAGAUGACAGUGGAGUGUCUGCUGUCCAGUUUGGUAAUUCCUCAACAUCAGUGCUGGCAACUUUGGCUGCCUUAGCAGAAGCUUCAGCUCCACUGUCCAACUCAUCAGAAACGCCAGUUGUGGCAACAGAAGAAGUUGUGACCGCUGAAUCUGUGGAUGGUGCAAUUCAGCAAGUAGUUAGUUCUGGAGGUCAGCAGGUCAUUACCAUAGUAACUGAUGGGAUUCAGCUUGGAAAUCUUCAUUCCAUUCCCACCAGUGGAAUGGGUCAACCCAUUAUAGUGACCAUGCCAGAUGGGCAGCAAGUUCUCACAGUACCAGCCACAGACAUUGCAGAGGAAACAGUAAUCAGCGAAGAGCCUCCAAUCAAGAGACCAUGUAUUGAGAUAGUUGAAAAUCGGGUGGAAUCGGCAGAAAUAGAAGAAAGAGAGACGUUACAAAAACAGCUGGAUGAGGCCAAUCGAGAAGCGCAGAAGUAUCGCCAGCAACUUCUGAAGAAAGAGCAAGAGGCAGAAGCUUAUAGGCAGAAGUUGGAGGCAAUGACCCGCCUCCAGACUAACAAAGAAGCUGUUUGAAUGGACAAAGUGAGCAUUCUAUUAAACAGGUUAAGAAAACUGCAGUACAAUCUGGGUCUGCCUAACACAUAGGUGUAGAACUGAGAUUCUUUGUCAAAGAAGAUGCUACUGGACUUAAGCCAUGAGCUCUGGUGAUUUUCUUGUAUCAUAAAAAAAAACUCAGAAUUUAGACAUUUUGUGCAAAAAUAUUUAAAAAAGAAAUACUGUAAAUAGUUUUUUUUUUUUUUACUAGUUCAAAAAUUAGUUGUAUAAUCUUUUUGGAAGGGAUCCACAAACCUGCAAUGCCAAUGUUUUUGUGACUUUUUUGAUUUUACUAUGAAUCUGCUGAGAUACAGAACAGUUUUAAGGGUGAUAACUGUUGAUUUAAACCACGCUGUGUAAAUGAAUUAUGUGACAGAACCAAUCUUGAAAGCUACAAAUUAGAUCUCUGACUAAAUUCAUUUACUGAUUAUUAUCCUUUGUACAGCUUUAAAGGAGUUGGCCAGGGCCUCCAAACAAUGCCCCCUUUUUUUAGGAAAAAAAGUGUAAUUUUUUAUAUUUAAUUCCUGAUAUAUUCAAGUAGAUUGACAUGUAUAUGAAGCUGAUAUUUUUAAAAAUUUUCAGUUUGUACAUAUGCUGCAUGUUUUUUUAUAAUUUCUAUAUACAUCUUACAUAAGUAUUUUUCAGGAAAGAGGAUGGAAAAUUAUGAGAAAAAAAUAUUUAACCUCUAGGUCAUAGGGGGUAGGGGGUGGGGGAAGAAGCCGGUGAAUAACUGUGGGUCGAUUGUUUUCUUUUAUAUUGGGAGUCGCAUUUCUUAGAGGAAUGUAACUUGGGAGAAGAAAAAGAAAACAAAAACCAGUAUUUAUGUAAUAUAUUAAUUAUAUGAAAAUAUUACCGUUAGCGCAGCCAAUCAUAUUUCCAGGUGACUAACCAAGCUGGGCUGGGAUAAUUCUGCAGAUGGAGAUCAAGUUUCAAGAGUUUCUCCCUGAAGCUCUUGAGCUUAACCUCUCCCCUACUAUGCUACCACCUGCUGGACAGGAUGUUAACAUUUAUGUUACAGCACCAAAAAAAAAAAAAA